AUGGUGUCCCAUCAAACUGCAGCCAUCAAACAAACCACCUUGGGUCAACAUGCGCCUCUCUCCAUCAGUACUCCCCUCUCCACUGGAUCUUCCAAAAAUCCAGGACCUCUUCACUCCUCCUCGGGGCACACCUACAACACAAAAACACCCUGUAAAUACCUGGCACUGCACCAUCUGCUUGUUUCGACAGGGAACAUUGUUCUGGAGUUGUCGAAAGACAAACACAACGGCAGUUUACUGGACAGACAGCUCGUCCAGUUCCAGACCUCCAUCAACCGCAUAGAGAGCGAGCUGAGCGCCCAGAUCCGCUACCUCACACAGGUAGCUACAGGUCAGCCUCAUGAAGGGUCCACUUAUUCAGCCCGGAAGGACUGUCAGAUGGCGCUGAACAGAGCCGAGUAUGCAAAGGUCAAACUGGGAGAACUGGGUCGGACGUGUGAAGCCACACUGGAGCAGCAGCAGCAGCAGCCGUGAACGCAGAGAGGACGGACUCUGCAGUGUCCCAGUCUGUCCACACAUGGGGUUGAAAAUACUGGUCCCAGUCUGUCCACACAUUGGUUUGAAAAUACUGGUCCCAGUCUGUCCACACAUGGGUUUGAAAAUACUGGAGGGACACGAACAUGAACUGAUCCAAUCUGAACAAAAACACAGCUUUUUUUAAAUAAAUGUUUUUUAGUGCAUGCUGUUUGUAUGGGUUUUGUUGUUUGGUCCAUUGUUUACUAGCUCUCAAAGCAGUUUAUUUAUUAGAGAAAUGGAAAAAUACUUUUACGACAAUGUUCCAAAAAUAUGUUGUAAAUAUUUAAUAAAUAAUUGUCAGUAUCAUCCAUGUCUUAUUCCAGGUCUUUUUGGGAUUAAAGUACUUUAUCUUCA